AUGUCUUCAUUUAUUGCAACUAGUGAGAUUAAUGUAGAUACAGCUAGCAAAAAUGAUUCAACAUCGAUCGCAAAUAAUCAAAAGAAUGAUGGUGAAUCAGCAGUUAUUGAUGAUAAUAAUGAAAUCAAUAAAAUAAAUUCAAUCGAUAUGAAUAAUACAAGUGCUACUGCUAUUCCAUACGAAUUUUCACAUAUUCUUACAAAAGCAUUAGUUGUUUCACAUGGACAAGAAUUAUUACCGAGUGGUUUACAUGUAUUUAAACAAACACCAUCUGUUGUUGAACUUGUUAUGCUAUUAUGUUCAUAA